UAUGUGGCGUCACGAACGUUCAAAAUGUCGUCACGUUUUAGUCAUUGGAUGCACCGUACCAAAAAGCUAUGAAUAAAAGGGUAUAGUGGACAUGUAAUAAGUAAAACUGACAUACAAGAUUAUUUCUGUAUUUAUUAGAUAUAUGUUAUCUAUUAAUUUAUUUUUAAAAUUACAAAUACAUUUGGUAUGUUAAAAGAGUUUACAAAUUAUCGUUAUGCAACAUUGGUACUAUGAUAAAAUAGUAAUACAUAAGAAAUAAUGAUAAGCUAAAAUAUCUUUGAUUUAUUAUCAAGAAUAUUUUUAUGAUGUUAUACUUUUUCACUCCACGAAUAUGUCGCAAUCUACUACCAUGCACUUCGACAUCGAAACUAUUAACCACUUUGUACUCCACCUGUUCGAAACAAAAACCGAAAGAAGUUGUAAAUAUGCACGAACCAGAUAUAGAAAUAAGAGAAAAAAGCCACAAUCAUAUUAGUCCUGGGAAUACACAAAUAGGAUUAGAUCCUGACAAAUAUGUUUUACCAAAAACUCCUAGUCUUAAUAGUAACAAGGAAACAACCCGUCCAUUCGAAGAACCACAAUGGAAACCUAUGCAAGUAGAGUUUACACAUCUUCAUAAAUAUUGUUUGAAGUUAUCCAAAAUUAGAUUAACUUCUUUAGUUGUAAUAACAACCAUGGGUGGAUAUGCGAUAGCACCUGGCAUGUUUGACUUAUAUACAUUCACAAUGUGUUCCGUAGGCACUGCAUUAGUAUCUUCUGCUGCUAAUGCUGUUAAUCAAUUUUUUGAAGUUCCUUUCGAUGCACAGAUGUCAAGAACAAAGAAUAGAGUUUUAGUUCGUGGACAAUUAACUCCGGUGCAUGCAGUAUUAUUUGCAACUAUAUCAGGAGUAACCGGCUUAACUAUAUUGUAUAGUCAAGUCAAUCCUAUAACUGCAACGUUAGGUGCUAUUAAUUUAGUUCUAUAUACUCUUAUUUAUACUCCUAUGAAACGUAUUAGUAUUCUCAACACUUGGGUUGGUUCUAUUGUCGGUGCCAUACCACCACUUAUGGGUUGGGCAGGUUGCACAGGCGACAUAAUGGCUCCAGGAGCUUGGAUUAUGUCUGGUCUUUUGUAUGCCUGGCAAUUUCCUCAUUUUAAUGCUUUAUCCUGGAAUUUGAGACCUGAUUAUUCGCGUGCAGGCUAUAGAAUGAUGUCCGUUACGAAUCCUAAUCUUUGUCGUAAAACAGCAUUAAGAUAUACGGCUGCGUUAAUGGGAUUGUCUUACUUAGCUCCUGUAUUAGAUGUAACUAAUUGGUACUUUGCUGCUAUGUCAACGCCGCUAAACGCUUAUUUUCUUUAUCUUGCUUGGAAAUUUUACCAAAACUCAGAUAGCGCGAGUUCUAGAAAACUCUUUCGUUUUUCAUUGGUAUAUUUACCUGUGUUAAUGAUUUUACUGCUUGUAAAUAAAAAGUAUUGGUUCAUCGGUAAAAAAAAAACAGAUACAGUAACGAACGAUGAAAAUUAUCAGAAAGAAGCUUUCUUAUCAAAUCUUUCGAGAUUAAUUAUACCAACAACAUCGUCCGUUUAAUGCGAUAACACAAAUUAUGUCAUCGCAAGUGACAUCGUUAACGCUAUCAUAUUCUUUAUAAAAUUGUAAAUGUGUAUUAUAAUUAUGAACUAAAAUAUUUUUUAAAGUACAAACUCUUGUAAAUAUUAUAGUAGAAUUCAUAAAUAAUUAUAUGACUUGUUUCAAACAAUCAUCACAUUAGAUGCAGAAACGAGCAUCAUAAAAAUUGUAACUCAAUUAUUAGAUUAUUGACAAAGAUACCUAAGUGUAAUUUAUAUUUGAAUAGAUAGUUAAUUAUAUAAAUUUGUGAUGGAAAUAAACACAAACACACAUCUGUGGAUCAGAUUUUAUUUAGAAGACUUCGAAAGAGAACAGCUUUUUUAUUAUUCGAACAAUGUAAUUAAAAAACUUACUCAAUAGAGUUUAAUAAUAAUAAUAAUAGAGUUAAUUGAUAAUUGAAGCAAUAUAAUCAAUCUACAUAAAUACAAAUAUUGUAUUAU